AUGGCCAUUGAUACGCGUGGGGUACAAGAUAGGAAAGGUUGCAGUGAAUGCAGAUGUGACCUUUUUAAUCUUCCAAAACACUUUUAUAAUGUCUCAAGGGAUAUUCAUGGCCAACCAUUGAGCACACAUUAUAAGGGUGGACUCUUUUGUUGUCUAGAUAACCUACAAUGCAAAUUAAGAGAAGGUUUUCAAGGUCCAAAGAGAAGACUUUCCAUUAGAUACAAAAUAAGGUGGGUUGAUUGGGACAAAUAUCAAGUACCAGUUAAGGUUUACAUACUUGAUUCAACUGAUAGAGUGAGAUCAAACGGUUCCAAAACCAUCCAUGAUUGUCAGGCUGAAUACACCAUUUUGGCAAAUCAUAGUAGUGACUCUCCUCAUGUCCAAAAGGCAAUUAUCCCAUUAGAAAAGGGUGGUUAUCUCAUAUAUGGCACCGCUCAUAUGCACACAGGUGUUGUCAAUGCAACUCUUUAUGGACAGGAUGGAAGAGUUUUAUGCACUUCAACACCUAAAUAUGGAACAGGAAAAGAGGCAGGAAAUGAAAAAGGUUAUGCAGUUGGAAUGUCUGUUUGUUAUCCGCAACCUGGUUCAGUCAAAAUUAAUGAUGGCGAAACCUUGACUCUAGAGUCUCGAUAUAAAAAUGAGUUUCGUACAGGGGCUAUGGGACAUUUUUACAUUCACUUGGCAAAGCAAUUAUCGCAUGAAAAUGUCAAAAUUUAA